AUAUAAUCAACGAAAAAUUAACACAACGUUAAUAAAAAAUUACAAAUAUUGUUUUAAUUAGGUAUUACAAUAUUUACCAGAAAGUAUUGAGAGAUUGUUAUUGAUUAGGUUUAGCUAAUAGUCCAAAAAUUCUUGAUAAUUAAGAUAAAAAGAUAAUUAAGAUAGUGAUAAAACAAGCCAAUUUCAAUUUGGAUAUAAUGUCAACUUUGAAAAAUAAAGGAUGUCUUUUUUUGGCUUCUUCACUUUGUGAUGGUCUAGAAGAUAACGAUAUAAAGCAAGUAACUACGUUGCUUUUGAACAAGGAUGCAAAUCCUAACACAUUAAUUCCUACAUAUGGAGUGACUCCGUUCCAUUUAGUAAUAGGUAAUGACUCUGAAGCUUUCGCUGAGGAAGUGACUAAAUUAUUUUUACGUCAUGGUGGUAAUCCAAACGUUAGGUCAAUUGAUGGAUUAACUCCAGUUCAUGUGGCAGCAGCAUGGGGUAGAGUUAAAGUUCUUGAAUUACUUUUGACAAACGGUGGUGACCCACUUUGUUUGGACGAUGAUGGUCGCAGUCCAUUCCAUUAUGCAUUUGACGGAAAGUAUUAUAAAGCAAUUGCAAUACUUGGAAAAUUUUGUGAUAACACUGUGAAGGAAGAAAAAGCAAACUAUAAAAUGACUUUUGAUAAACUCCUGAUUAGUAGUGAAGAUACAAUAGCAGAAUAUAUCGUUCCGCAAUCUUUAAACGUUACUAAAAAAAAUAUAUGUAAGGAACAUAGAGAUGAAAGUUUUGCUAACACAAAAUGUGUAAAUUUUUAUAAUUUCGAUUAUAGUAAUAAUGAUAAAUUUGACAAUGCAAUGACAAGUGCAGUUGAGCUUCAAAUUCGCGAAAAAAUGGAUAAAGAAAAAUGUUUAGUUAAUGAAAUUAUUAAUCAGCUCUCAAACUCAUUAAACUUCAAAAAAGAAAAAAUUAAUGAGGAAUAUGGACAAUCUAAAAAUGUUCAUCAAUUCAAAAGUGUUCUGAAUGAUACAAGUUUCUCAUCUACAAUAAGUACUGAUGACAAUACAUCAUAUAAUAUCAGAGAUAAAUUUUUACUAAAAAUGAGAGGAAAGAAACAAGCUGUUACUCCUAAGCGUCAUCGCCAAAUUUUUAGUCAAAAGAAUAAUAUUAAAAUUCCUUCAACACCUCGGUAUGAUCCAAAUGAUUCCAUUAUAAGCAAAUCGCCAAAUUUUUUAAUUGACAAAUCAAUAGAGAAAGAACAAAAAUAUUUAUCUCCAAAAAUAUUAAAUAAUGAAUUAAGAUUUAAAACUUUUACACCUUCCAUGACGAAACAUCACUUGUUUCGGUCAGAAGAAUUUAAUACCAGAAAAGACGUAGCGAAAUCUACCCCAAGAAGGAAGAAACGAUUUUACAAACAAUAUUCAUCUCUGAGAAAACUUAGAAGAAAUUAUGAACUUACAUCUUCAGAAAACACAAGUCCUGAUGCUACAAAUUCUCUCUCACCAAUACAGAGUUGCACAAAAAAUUUGAAUUAUAAAUUUAAUAAAAAUCUGGCAAUAAAAUUACAUGAAAAUAAAUAUGAUGACGACGAUAUAUCAAUACAUUUUAAUGAAAAUAAAGAUAAUACUGAAACAUGUGCAUUAGAAAAAAAUGUUAUAGAAGAAUUUAAUAAUAAUUUUAGAAGUCAAGACAUACAAAAAACAGACUUUAAGGAAAAAAAUAAAGAACAGUUAAAAAAAUAUAUACAACAAGAACAGUUUACAGAUGAAGUAAAAAUUGAUGAUACUGUAAAUAUUUUCAAAGAAAAUUUAAAUACCUUUCUUUCAAGUUACAAAUCACAGUCAUACAUCAGUGUACAAGAAGAAUAUAAAUAUGAAGAUCCUGAUGAAGGCAUGACAUUCUUAGAACGUAGGAUUUACACAUUAUCACCAUGCAAAAGUACAGACUGUAUUUCAUCUGACAAAAUGUGGCCUAAAUCAUUAACUCUAUCAAUGGAUUUAACAAACGAUGCGCUACGAAAGGAAUUAAUUCGUUAUGGUGACAAACCUGGACCAGUAGUUGACUCAACGAGACAAGUAUAUUUAAAACGACUUAUCAAGUUAAAAAAUGGAUCACAUAAUCUUUCUCAUUCAUCCUUUAAAAUUAAUCAUGGUCCGAAGUUGGAUUAUUAUGAAUCUCAAACGGAAUCAUUUCUGAUGUUUGGCGAUUGGGUAAAUGAUUUAGAAAGAUACAAAAUCAUUGAACAAAAUAUUUUUAGAGAAUUUUCGUUAGGAAGCUCUUCUAGAAAAUGGAGAGAAGGAAUGAGUAGAACUUGUUUUAAUUAUUUGUUCUUGGAUCCACGUAUAACCAGAGACUUAACUUUUCGUACAAAAUAUUUGUCAGAAUCUGAAACCUGGAAUAUAUUUUGUUCUGCUAUAUUUUAUGUGGGCAAAGGUACAUGCAACAGACCAUAUUCGCAUCUUAAAGAUGCUUUUGCUGCAUGGGUUUCGAAGAAAAACCCUGAAAAUGCAAAAAUCCAACAUAUUUUACAUAUUUGGAAUGCUGGAUGUGGAGUUGUUUGUCUUCAUGUUUUCCAAAACAGUAUUCCAGUAGAGGCUUACACGCGCGAAGCUGCUAUAAUUGAUGCUUUAGGAAUACAAAAAUUAAAGAACUCCAAAAGUGGAGAUUAUUAUGGAACAGCGAAAACAUGGAAUAUGGAAGAAAAACGCAAUUUUGGAAGAUUUUUGUUAUAUCAAGCACUGCGUAUCUUUCUAUGUGAAGGAGAAAGACAAAUAUUACCUGAAAAUAUGUAGAAUAUAAAUUUCAUUCUUUCUGACGAACUAAAGAUUACAAGACUAAAUAUUACAAGAAUGACUAAUAUAUACAUGCAUACAUAUGUAUCUAUUGUAAAUAUAUAUAUAUUUUUUUAAAUUUAGGAUUUAUAUCU